CCACAAACAAAAGAAAGAAAAGAAAAAAAAGGUCUUUCCGAUAAUUUUCAGAAGAAACGGAAUAAAAGCGCAGCGAGUUUAGGUGAAAUAAAUCCGCGAGAGCGAAUGGAGAAUGCAGCAGCAACAAGAGCGAGCACUUUAUCAAUUUGCGCGAGUGCAAAUUGCAGAAAUAGUAGCAAUAAUAAUAAAUUAGGAAUUGGAGACAGUGGAAAACAAGCUGUGAUUAAUGGUGGAGGAAGAAGACAGCUUGCUCUUGCUUCUACAGCCGGACUCGUACUCGUUGCAGUUGCAGCAGCUUCCGCUUCCGCUGAAUCUGAAUCUGAUUCCAAGACGAAGCUUCUGGACAGGUAUUUGAAGAAGUCACAAGAAAACAAGGCAAAGAACGAUAAGGAAAGAUUGGACAGUUACUACAAACGCAACUACAAGGAUUACUUCGAAUCAAUAGAGGGUACACUAAGGCAGAAGGACAACAAGGAUCUCACUCAAUCUGAAAAAGCCAUCCUUGAAUGGCUAGAUUCCAACAGAAACUAACUUCCAAUUAUUAGUAUUAUUAUUAUUUCUACAUUCUAAUGUCAUAUCCACUAAAUUUGUGUUUACUUUUCACCUAAGUAUGUCUAAUUUGUAUUUAUACAAUAAUAAAUAACAAAUACUUUUUUCAUCUA